GUCCUCGGAGCAAAAGCUUAUAAUAAUAGGUAAUAAAUGUGAAUUUCUACUUACAAAACCACCCACUUCUUGUACGUUCUUGGUAAAUGUGAGAGAGAGGUUUAUCAAUUAUCAGAUACAUUACCCACAGUAAAGGGAAAAAAAAAAAGAAAAAAAAAACUAGGGCAAAUUUCAGACAUAAUUUCAUUUUUACACAGACAAAAUCUACUCGGUCUCUUCUGUAUCCUCCCUUUCUAAGUUGCAACUUACGAGAAGAUGGUUUCACCGGGAAGAAUCAUCUCAGAGAGAUCUGAUGAUAAGGAUGUUAUUGAAGAUUUAUCAACUAAUGCUGCCAACGGGAAUGCAUCCAUGGUCAAUUCACCCCUCACUGAAUGCAAAUAUGUCGUUCAAAAAUGUGAUAAUGAAGGAAGCUCAAGCUCUAAAGAACACGAGGACCCUUAUCUCUUAAAAGCAGGAAAAGAAAUGGAAACUCGAACAAGUGUGGGGAAGUUGGGUGCAGUAAAACCUAAUAGAUUGUUUAGAACAAGAUAUUUUAUCAUUAAAAGUCUGAACCACCAAAAUAUUCAACUUUCACUUGAGAGAGGAAUUUGGGCUACUCAAGUAAUGAAUGAACCAAUAUUGGAGGAAGCUUUUGAUAAUUCUGGUAGAGUAAUCCUCAUAUUUAGUGUCAACAUGAGUGGUUUCUUUCAAGGGUAUGCCCAAAUGAUGUCUUCUAUAGGUUGGAGGCGUGAAAAUGUCUGGUCUGAAGCAUCUGGCGGAACUAUACCUUGGGGUCGCACUUUCAAAGUUAAAUGGUUGCAAUUGCAGAAUCUGCCUUUCCAAAAGACUCUUCAUCUUAAGAAUCCAUUAAAUGAUUACAAACCCGUCAAAAUCAGUAGAGACUGCCAGGAGUUAACUCCAGACAUCGGGGAAGCUCUUUGCAGGCUUAUCGAUGAAAGUCUGGAUGUCGAUGGAAGGCUGAUGAGGAAUACAUUUUCUGGUGAUGAAGUCCUUAAAAGGUCUUGUAUUAGCUCUCCAGUUUGUUCGCCAAAUGAAAGAUAUAUGGGUAAUCUUCCUCCAUCACCUAUGCGAUUGACCAGAACAACUGUGCUUCAUCCUUCCUCAUUAUAUCAACAAGUCACGCUAGCUGAAUCAAGCCGUUUUCAUGUUGCGCAUGGUAGAUCUCCUAGAAGAUUGCCUCUGGAUAACUUAGGUUACAACUUUGAUGCUUCAAAAGUUUUGGGCAUGAUGCAUUCUCAAGCCCAUGGAAGUUCAACUAAUUUACAUCGUAACAUGGAUCCAUUCUUUCUACCUGAUAAAUGGAAUCUAUCGUCCAAGAACAGCGCCUUUGGUGAUUUGCUAUCAGAGGAUGAUUUUCUUGAAAUGACAUAUGAAGAGUACAUACAAGUCCUUGGAAGAAGGAAUCGGCGACCUAACCAAUCAGUAGCAGAACCAUCUUGGAGUAUACACGAGCCACCGACAAGUAGAGAGAAAAGCUUAGAAGAUCGAUACUCACAUCACCUGGGUGACCUGUACCACUCUCAAAAGAGGAGCCAUUACCCGUCACCCAAAUGACCUGUACCUGUUCUCCAGCGUGAUGCCAUGCUUUUGUCUAUUCUAGUUUAAUAGUGCAUAUAAAUAUAGCUUCUCAUUUCCUCCAAGGAUUUACAAUUUAGUAAAGUAUAUUCGUAAGAUUUAACUGUAUGCAGUUUGUCAUGAAUUAACCAAUCCUGGGAUUGGCAACUCUGUCCCUGGCCUUGCCUUACUAGUACUUCCUGAGAAAUUACCGUUGUCAGAGAGGUAUAAGAGGUUGUUGAACUGUAAAAUCCAAUAUUUAGCUUUCUUUAGAACAAAAUAAGUGAAAAUUAAUAUGUACAUACUCAUAUUGUGUAGGCUAUUUAAACUGUAAAUGUGUCUUUGUUAUCUCAUCACUCUAAGCAGUUUAGCUCAAUUAUAAUGAUGUUUUAGUUGAUUAUGAA